CGUUCCCGUGCGCGCGAACUGCGCGCCGCGUUAUCUCGUGCUCGCGAAUUUUACAUUGCGUGUGUUUUGUGCUUCAACAUGUCGAACAUAUUAGGAGAGAUGGGCUCCCAAGUGGGGUUAACGCCCGCACGACAAAACAAAAAGGAAGCCGAAGAGCAGGCGAAAAAGCUCAGCAGAUCAAAUGUCAACCCCUCCUUCGAACCAGAUGACUUCCUACCACAAAGUCUAUCACCCGUCAAAGAUGAGAAGAAGAAGCCGGGGGACAAGGGCAUCUACCUGGUGAACAUGAAUGAAAAGAACUUACAGGAAGUGGAGGAAUAUGAACCUUAUGACAAUAGAGUGGUUGAACAUCCUACAACGAACACAGAAACUCUCCUACACUUGUUAAAAGGGAGUCUGGGAACAGGAAUCCUUGCUAUGCCGCACGCCUUCGCCAAAUCGGGAUACGUCGUCGGUGCCAUAGGGACUGUGAUCAUCGGCGUGUUGUGCACAUACUGCAUCCACGUGCUCAUAGAUUCGUGCUACGUGCUUUGCAAGCGGCGGAAAGUACCUUCCCUUACGUACACCGCUGCAGCAGAGGCCGCUCUCUCCGAGGGUCCUGAUUGGUGCAAAGCAUGCGCGCCGUACGCUGCCCACGUUGUCAAUGUGUUCCUGCUCAUCUACCAGAUCGGCACCUGCUGUGUGUACGUGGUAUUCGUAUCGGAGAACAUACAGUUCGUGCUGACGAAGCACUUCGAACUCCAAGUUACUGUAACCGAAGUGAUGCUCUGGGUUCUCUUGCCACUGGUUCUUAUUAACUGGGUACGAGAUCUCAAGUACCUGGCGCCCUUCUCCGCAGUGGCCAACGCAGUGACAAUCGUUAGCUUUGGGAUUAUAUGCUACUACAUCUUCAGGGACCCUCCUACGUUAGAGGGGAAAGCGCCAGCUGGAAAGAUUGUCGACUUCCCGCUUUUCUUCGGAACUGUACUCUUCGCUUUAGAAGCUAUUGGUGUGAUCCUGCCGUUGGAGAAUGAAAUGAAAACUCCAAAGGACUUCGUGGGCAAAUUUGGCGUGCUAAACCGGGCGAUGAUCAGCAUCAUCAUUCUCUACGUCGGUAUGGGCUUGUUCGGUUACCUGCAGUAUGGUAACGAAGCUGCUGGCAGCAUCACCCUCAACUUACCGUCCAAAACGGAGAUAUUGGCAAGUGUGGUGCAGUGUCUCCUGGCAUUUGCGAUAUUCAUAACGCACGGCCUCGCCUGCUACGUCGCCAUCGACAUCUUGUGGAACGAGUACAUUGGUGUACGUUUGCUCAACAGCUCACACAGAGUCAUUUGGGAGUACUUACUGAGGACCUGCAUAGUUCUCGUCACUUUCGGUAUCGCCGCUGCUGUGCCGGAACUAGACCUCUUCAUAUCGCUGUUCGGCGCCCUGUGCCUCUCCGCGCUCGGCCUGGCCUUCCCCGCCUUCAUCCAAAGCUGCACAUAUUGGUACUACGUGUCGGACUCUGAGAGGAUCCGUAUGAUAAUCAAGAACGUCAUCGUCGUACUAUUCGGUGCUUUGGGCCUCGUUGUGGGCACAUGGACGUCCCUCGAUGGGAUUAUCAGGAAAUUCUCAGCGCACCAUGACCUGAACGCCACAAUGAUUUUCACCACAGAAGCCACGCUUCUCAAUGAUACGUUAAUCUCGCCUUGAAAAAUAUUCUUUGUAAUGAAUUUGUGCCAUUAAAUGAACCGUCCGUGGCAUAUAAUAUCAGUACAAUACAUUAAAUUUAAUGAUUAUUAUAAUACCGUAGUGAUUAGAAAAUCUUGUGACAAAAUAAGUUUGCUACAUGAUAAUUAAAUUCUCGUUUUGUUUAAGGUAUGGAGCAUAGGGCCAUUUCCUGAAAAUAUAAGUGUAGUUAAAAUAUGUUAAUUAAUUUAAUUGGUUGUUCAACGAGACAUUGUCGGCGUUUAUUGUAUAUUUAUUUAUUCGUUCGUACUUACUUUUUAUAAUUAACAGUAUCAGUAUUGAACCAACUGAUUUGUGUCAGUCAAAUAAUUAGACCCAAUAUAAAACUCAUCUAGCAAAAUACAUGCAAGAAUGCUUCGAUUAUUUAGUCCAGAAAUAAAGUAAAAACAAAAGUACACUUUACCGAUCCUAGAGAAACGUAAACAGACAAGAAAGUAGUUGUUUUAUUGUUUACAUGCUACGACGUUCCGUACCUACUUUAAAGUUAUGUAUGUAUGUUUAAACUUUAAACAUAAUUUAAGGCUAUUAUUACCUACUAACAUAUAUUCAGUUAACGCGUAAAAGCUGAUUUUCUAGAACCGCGCUUUAAGAUUAUUCUUUUAUUCAUAAUAUAAUAUAGUUAUCCUAGAGCAAUAUAUUUUUUCAUUUAUUUUACAUUGGUACCUCGUUUAAAUAAACAUUCAGUGAGACUGAAAAUCAGCUUCUAAGUGAAAUUUUGAAUAUCUGUAUAGCAGUAAUGUGAUGACGCGUCGAUUAAGCAACGUAGCUAUAGUGUCUAGACUAGACUCUAGGUAAUCAGGGACUAACAAAUAAUAUUAUUAUAUUAAUCUUAUCGCGGAACAUAGAGGAGUUUCAGUGUAUCCUUUUCAAAUAUGUAACAAUCAAAUGUUCCCUGGUGCUCCUUUGUUUAAAGCGUAUUUAUAUCAAUUUAUAAACAAAUUAAAUAUUUAUAUAAACUAAUCGUCGACUUUACACGACUAGGACAGCUAUAUUCGACGAAAAGUCGCUAAACGCACAGUUGUAAGGUAAAUGUAUGUAAGUUACUAGCUAAAUUCAUUCACCAAAUUACAAUUUGUAAUAACAGUAUUAUCUUUAAAAAUUAUACAACGUGACUUAUAGUGCUUUACCUGGCAACCUAUAAUAACGAAGGAUAAGUAUUUUUAGAUGAACUAUGGUUGUUUAAUUUAGUCCUAAGUGAUGUAUUUUAUCGAGAUCCUAUAUCAGUGAGAUUCUAUAGAAUAAUGUCAAGUGAAGUAUGGCAUUUUAUUUAGAGUAAGUUAUAGUAAGUUCAGUACAAUUAUGCGUGCUACUAAAAAAAUCAAUGUCUUAUUAUUUACAAGUUCGGUUUUAACAUUUGUUUGACCUCGCCAAAAUUGUUACCGUCAGUCGAUAUGACCGGAUAAUGCACGUUAUGUUAAGUUUUAAUAUAGUUUAUGAUUAUCUAUAUUUUAUUCAAAUGAUUGUGUUUUAUGUAUUUUCACCUUUCGAAGGCACAUUGUAUAUUAAUCAAAUAUUUUUUUAAUAUCAUGUGUCUGUUGAGAGGCUAAUUUAAAAGAUAAUAUUACAUAGAAAUAGUAAAAAUGUGUUUAUAAUAAUUCGUUAUUUACCAAUAUUUCUUUAGAUUUUUUUAUACUAUUUCUUUGACUUGCCGUAGUCACACUAUAUUAUCAUCAUCUUUAGUCGCACCUAUUUUAAUAAAAUCGAAGUCAAGUGCGUGUCGGACUCGCGACACUAAGAUUCCGUACAAAAAUAUCAGGAGCAACUACAAAAAAUCGUUGCGAUACCUAGAAUAAAAGAAAUUGGUAAUGGGGUUAGAUAGUAGUUUAACUUUUUAUUUCAAUUGAUUUUUUAUAUAUAACACGAUUAUAUUAAUUUUCGAGUUGGUAGCAUAACAGACUAUCCAAGGCUAUUUACUGCAUUGCCAUUCUUUUAUUCUUCCGUUAUCUACGGUAUUAGUAUAACUUUUGAAAUAUCCGCAAUAUAUAUCAAACUAUUAUUAUUUAUUCCAACUACUAUUUAGAUUUAAAUAAUUCUAAUGAAAUAGCUCUAAUAGAAUACCAGUUCGGCUUUACCAAUAUGUAUUUCCAUAUCCGGUCAUAUAUAAUCUGUGAUGUUGAUAGUUAAUAUAUUUAAGGUUUAUUUACGUUGUUUUGUAUGAUGUGUUUUACACGUCGGUGAUAAUGUGCUCAUAUCUAUGUAAUGGGGUCUAAUCCCGAAUAAAGUUGAUUUAAUUAC